AAAGAAAACUCGUUUCCAACAGGGAAUCAAUUACCCGACGUGCGAGAUCUGACCAUGGAGAUUCCCCUGACACUGCAGAACAGUCAUUACAGCGUGGCAGACUCGGUCCCUUACUUGGCCAACGUGGUGAACGUCGCGUGCCUCCAUUGCAGACCCGCGACUCAACUUAGCACGGAUUUGGAGACUUUUUUGCAACGCGGUUUCAUCUUCGUUUCCAUGGGUUCGUCGGUCCGCGCUUCGGGCAUGCCCGAGGCGCUUCGUCAAAUCUUCGUGGCAGCCUUUGCCACGCUUCCGUGCAACGUUGUAUGGAAAUGGGAAGGUAUGAAGAUCAAAGAUCUGCCAUCGAACGUCAGAACGGCGGCGUGGUGGCCGCAGCAAGAGCUAUUAGGCCAUUCGAAGCUUCGAGCGUUCGUCUCCCACGGUGGACUUCUGUCUCUGCACGAGGCCGCUUAUCACGCCGCUCCCACCCUCGUUUUGCCCGUUUUCUGCGAUCACGAUGGAAACGCGGCACAAGCUGAGAAAUUGGGUUACGCUUUGGUAAUGGAUUUGGCCGGGAUAUCCAUCGGCAGUCUUCGCGAUGGGAUUCUCAAGGUGGCUGCAAUUCACAACAACUCGUAUAGAACAGCGGCGAAAAAGAGGAGCGCGUUGCUACGAGAUUUACCGAUUAAUCCUAGAAAAUUGGCCACUUGGUGGGUGGAACAUGUGGCCAAGUAUAAAGGAGAACAUUUGAAAAGUUCUACGAGGUACAUGAGCGUUAUUCACUAUUAUUCCAUCGAUGUGGUAAUAUUUUACGUGAUAACAUUAACGCUAUUGAUGUACGGAUUAAAGAAAUUAUGCUGGAGGACUAUAUCCAAGCAAGUUGUUAAGAAGAAAAUUAAUUAGACUGAAUAGUGUCAAUUUUGUAGCGAUAUAAAAUUGCGUUCUCUUUUAGUAGCAUUUUUUAGUAGCAUUUAAUAUCGUUGUGAUCAUAUAAAAGCACCUUGCAAUCGUAAUCAAAAUGUACUGUAAAAAAAAAAAAAAA